CCGCUCACAAAGAAGAAGAAGCAGCGGAGCAGCACCGGGCUGUGACUCCGGGGAGUUUCCUGAUCCUUGUGUGGGUUUCGUUGGUCCGUGGUUCGGUCCGUGCUGGUCCGGUCCGUGCUGGUCCGGUCUGUCCUGGUCUGUCCGAUGCCCGGUUCUGGGUCCGCGUGCUCGCAGCACGGCUCAGCCAACCUGAGCAGCAGCAGCAGGCAGGUGUGCUAAGGUGUCCAACAUGUCCCCGAUCAGAAGACUCAGAGCUGCUGAGGGUGACGACACACUGGCAGAAGAGCCAAACCUCUUCACCUGUUUUGAGGCUACACCACCAGUGGCGGCUACACCCCCCGACUGGCCACAGCAGCCUCACCCUGAGGAGUUGCUGGUGGGGGCGCCACGCGUCCUGGUUACUGGGGCGACAGGCCUCCUGGGGCGAGCGGUGUGCCGAGAGUUUCACAGCGCCGGAUGGACCGUCACUGGGACGGGAUACAGGAGAGCCAGGCUCCGCCUUCUGCGCUGUGACCUCACAGACGAGGAUGCCGUCAGAGGACUGCUGCACGAAUACAAGCCUGAUGUGAUCGUCCACUGUGCGGCUGAGAGGCGUCCAGAUGUUAUGGAGAGACACACGGAAGCAGCUGUUAAUCUGAACGUGCACGCCACGAGCACUCUCGCCAAGGAGGCAGCCACCUGCGGGGCGCUCUUCCUCUACAUCAGCACCGACUACGUGUUUGACGGCAGGAAUCCUCCGUACGGUGAGGACGACAGUCCAAACCCGCUCAACGUUUAUGGGCGGAGCAAACUGGAGGGGGAGAGGGAGACGCUGCGCCACUGUCCAGGUGCGGUGGUACUGCGGGUGCCCGUUCUGUUUGGGGAGGUGGAGUCGGUGACGGAGAGCGUGGUGACGUCGUUGUACCUGAAGGUUCAGGAGGCGUCAGAGGAGAGCUGCACGCUGGAUCACGUCUUGCAGAGAUUCCCCACUGACGCCCGAGACGUCGCUGCCGUCUGCAGGAAGCUGUCUGAGAGAGCACGACAGGACCCGUCCAUCAGAGGAAUCUUUCACUUCUCUGGGAAAGAGCAGAUGACUAAAUAUGAAAUGGCGGUCGCCAUCGCUCAGGCCUUCAACCUGCCGUCCGGCCACCUCAUACCUCUGACCGAGCAGCCGGCGGCGUCGGCUCUUCGUCCAAUCAACAGUCAGUUAAACUGUUGUCGUCUGGAGCUGCUGAACCUGAGCGUGGAACCGCGACCUUUCACCUCCGCCAUUAUCGACUGUCUGUGGCCGUUCACGCCCGACAAACGCUGGAGACAGACCGUCUUCCACUGAGACGACUGGAUUAGCAGCGGGCCGGAUGUACAGAUUAUUUAGUCUUUGUGCCCCAAAUCCUGUCUGCAAGCUCUGCACUGCUGAUAGUAUUACCAGGUCAUAGUCCUGCACCAGAUUAUACUCAGAACGUUACCAGAUUACAGUCAGAAUAAUGUUCUGGGUUGAGUGUUGUUAAUCCCUAAUUGUUCAUGUCUUGUGUCAGUGUUUGCAUAGAUUCAAUUUAUAUCAGUGUGAACAAGCUGAGUGUGCUCUGUAAGAUUCACACUACACUUCAGUGUAUUCUGACAACAAAAUGUUACAUAUUAUAUCACCACCUCCAAUCUUCACUCUAAUCUGGAAUUUAUUGGGUUAGUCCAGACGCUGUUAGGUUAACCUGGACUCCUUUAGUUUAAUCUGGUCUCUGUUAGUUUAAUAUGGACUCCUUUAGUUUAAUCUGGUCUCUGUUAGUUUAAUAUGGACUCCUUUAGUUUAACCUGGUCUCUGUUAGGUUAAUCUGGACUCCUUUAGUUUAAUCUGGUCUCUGUUAGGUUAAUCUGGACUCCUUUAGUUUAAUCUGGUCUCUGUUAGGUUAAUCUGGACUCCUUUAGUUUAACCUGGUCUCUGUUAGUUUAAUAUGGACAUUGUUUUUGCUGUAUGUAUGGAACCUGAAUAAAUACCGGUGAUUUUUAUGUUUGAAGUUCAGGUUUAAUCAGGAAGUUUGAAGUCGACCCCAGAUUAAAUCCGACUCGGUAAAUGUCCUGCUGUGACAGGACAUUGUGUGUGUUUCUGCUGUAAACGACACCUCAACAUUAAAUACGUGAAACUGUCAA